AUGGGCCGCAAGGAGAAGGAAACGACCAUUGACGAACGAAACAUCGUUGUCGCCCAAUAUUUUCAACACAAGUCGUAUGCCGAAAUUGCGAACAUCAUAGGACGAAGCCGAGCGACUGUGCAAUCUAUCGUUAAGCGAUAUAAGGACAGACAUGUAGUAAUAAACAGUGAACGACACGGUCGUCCACAGAAGCUUACAACAAGAGAGCCCAGAAUGCUACUAAGAAUCAUCAAGAAAAACCCGAAAACGACAGCGUCGACACUAUCCGUACAUGUACAUGACCACUUCCGAAAGGACAUCACUCCAGAGAGAGUUUGUACCAUUCUCAAUCGUUCGGGCUACAGAGCCAGGAUCCCGAGACGAAAGCCCUACAUCAGCAAAAAGAACACGAAGUGGCGGAUGUAA